AUGAAAUUCUUACAACACAUUAGUCUAGAAGAUUGUAAGAAUCUUGUGGAACUUCCUGGUGGUAUUGCAAAGUUACAAGAACUGAGAUGUCUUGACCUUGAUCGCACAAGGCUAAUUAGUAUGCCUAGGGGUUUUGGUGCUCUAAAUUUUUUGAAGACAUUGUAUGGGUUCCUAGCUCACAUGGAUGGCAAUUGGUGUAGUUUGGAAGAGAUUGGACCUAUUUCCCAGCUUAGGCGCAUUGGAUUAGUGGGUCUGGAGAAUGUAACUGAUGCCGCAUUCGCCAAAAAGGCUAGGCUCGGUGAAAAGGUAUGUCUUUCCAUCAUGACCUUAAGCUGUAGCACCAGACUAGGUAAUUAUGGAUUAGUCAAAGAACGAGUCUUGGAGAAGGAUCAAGGAAUAAUUGAGAAGGUCUUUGAUGAGCUUUGUCCUCCAGCUCGCAUAGAAGAUAUCCAUAUAACUGGAUAUUUUUGGCGUCAACUCCCAAGAUGGAUGAUGUCGACAACAAUGAUACCCCUCAAUAGCUUGAGGAUAUUACAUAUGAAUGACUUGGAUUACUGCACCCACCUCCCUGAUGGCUUGUGUCAGAUUCCAUGUUUGGAGUUCUUGGAGCUCCGACAUGCUCCAACAAUCAAGUGUGUUGGGCCUGAAUUCGUGCAGGGCUACGAUCGCUGUCGUCAUGCUUCAUCCCAGGAGGUGUCUGCUUUUCCAAGACUGCACACAAUGAUUUUACAUGGAAUGUUGGAAUGGGAGGAGUGGCAGUGGGAGAAGGAAGUGCAAGCUAUGGCCGUCUUGAAAGAUCUUUUUCUUCAAAGUUGCAAAUUGAGGUGUAUCCCUUCUGGCCUUGCCACCCAUGCAAACACCAUGAAAAAGUUAACCAUCUACAGCAUUCGACAACUCCAUUAUAUAGAGAACUUUGCUUCUGUAGUUGAGCUCGACUUGUAUGAACUAUCCAACCUGACUAGGAUCUCCAAUUUCCCUAAAUUGCAAAAGCUUGAGAUUAAUCGGUGCCAAAAUCUCGAGUCACUGCAAGAGAUGAAUGCACUACGGAGAUUUGUGUUGACACUUCACUACAGUGAGACACAACUCCCGAUGUACCUGCAAACUGUAAAGCCAAGUCAGUUGCUGCUUGACAGCAGCCUAAGGGUACUCGCUUCCAUGGCUUUGGAGAAGUAUGGGGCCGGGUGGGAAAUGUUCAGUCAUAUCCGGCAUGUCGAGGCUUAUACCAAUGGUCAAGGCAUUGAAAAGAGAUGGCACCUAUUGUACACGAGCGAGCCCUACAGCAUGGAGACAAACAUUGACAUGGAGGAGUGCUCAUGGUCAUUUUCUAAAAAAGAAAAAGGGAGUGGUCAUGGUCCAAAUCAAAGUCUGAAGAUAAGGAGGGUGUAG